AUGCCGCUGGUGGCUAUUUUCGUUUCGGCGACGAAGCUCGCCGGCUUGAUUGUGACGGUCACGGUGGCGGCUAACGCUGUUUCUUAUAAUCGGUUCCGCCGGAAGAAUCUCAUGCCUAUUCAUUCCCCCAUCGACGAAGACGCCGACGUUCUCGCCGUCUUCAAGUUCCAUCCUACUGACCAGGAGCUGGAAGAAGGCGAAAAAGGGUUCUUCUUUGGGUUGGCAACUGCACCCGCUCACGUUGAAGACAGGCUGAAUGAUGCCUGGCUUGAAUUUGCAGAGAAAAGCCCCUGUGAUAAGUCAGAGCAUCGACCUAGCACCUUGCCCCCCGAUCCAAUUAUCGCUUCCGCUUCUGCUGAUGGUGGCUCUCAGCCAGCUUCCUUACCGACCAAAGAAGCUAAUAAGACCAUCAAGAGGAAGAAACAGUUAAAGAUAGCCAUGGAAGCUGAAAUUAGAGGAUUUGAGAAGUAUCAAGAGUUGGAGGAAUCUGCCCCACCUGAUGAAUGUCAUCAUAAUGUUGCUGCCUGGCAUAAUGUUCCACACCCGGAAGAAAGAUUGAGGUUUUGGUCUGAUCCCGAUACAGAACUGAAUUUAGCCAAGGACACCGGUGUACAAGUUUUUCGGAUGGGGAUAGAUUGGUCAAGGAUCAUGCCGGUGGAGCCAACAAAUGGAGUGAAAGACUCCGUCAACUAUGCAGCGAUGGAACGCUAUAGAUGGAUCAUCAAAAGGGUCCGUUCCUAUGGGAUGAAAGUGAUGCUGACAUUGUUUCACCAUUCCUUGCCACCAUGGGCUGGAGAGUAUGGUGGUUGGAAGCUAGAAAAGACUGUUGAUUAUUUUUUGGAAUUUACGAGGCUUGUUGUCGACUCUGUAUCGGAUAUUGUCGACUACUGGGUGACCUUUAACGAGCCGCAUGUGUUUUGUAUGCUAACUUAUUGCGCUGGUGCAUGGCCUGGUGGCAAUCCGGACAUGUUGGAAGUUGCCACUUCUGCACUGCCUACCGGUGUCUUCAAUCAGGCCAUGCAUUGGAUUUCAAUUGCACAUUUGAAAGCAUAUGAUUAUAUCCACGAGAAAAGCGCAACGUCAAGGCCACUUGUUGGAAUUGCACACCACGUGUCUUUCAUGCGUCCAUAUGGCCUGUUCGACAUUCCUGCUGUUAAACUUACAAGUUCACUAACUCUGUUUCCAUUCCUGGAUAACGUUUGUCACAAACUUGAUUACAUAGGGAUAAAUUAUUAUGGCCAGGAAGUGGUUUGUGGUACUGGACUAAAGCUGGUUGAAACAGAUGAAUACAGCGAAUCUGGUCGUGGAAUUUAUCCAGACGGCUUAUAUCGUGUACUUGUUCAAUUCCAUGAAAGAUACAAACAUCUCAAUGUGCCAUUUAUCAUUACAGAAAAUGGUGUUUCUGAUGAGACUGAUUUGAUUAGGCGGCCUUACUUGUUAGAACACCUGCUAGCAGUUUAUGCUGCCAUGAUCAAGGUUUUGACUCCAAACUCCUCCUCAAUAUCCUCUAAGGGCUCUUUCACCUUAUGUCAUCUAAUCAGAUUUGGACCUGUCUCUGAUUGUCAUUUAGGGCAUUCCUGUCCUUGGGUAUCUUUUUUGGACUAUUUCUGA